AUGCAUCAAAAACUUCUUAGCUGCCUGGCUCUGGCUGUGGCCCUCUCUCAACUCCUUAUGCCUGCGACUGGAGAAUCCUAUGAAGUGGACAGACAUAAUGUGAGUGAGCUAGUUGACUCGCACGAACUCGUUCUGCUGCUCUUCUACUCGAAUAGAUGCAAAUACAGCCGGCAACUGAUGCCCAUCUAUGAGUCGGCCGCAAGCCAACUGCACUCUAGACUUGGAGGGACGGGCAAUUUGGCUCUGGGCAAGGUCGAUUGCGACAGGGAUCCUGAAAUGGAGAGUCACUACGAUAUUGGCAAGUAUCCAACCAUAAAGAUCGUGCGGAACAAAUACGUCAACAAAAAAGAGUAUCGAGGACAACGCUCCGUGGAGGCGAUCGUGUCGUUUGCACUGGAGGAGCUGCUGGAUCCUAUACAGGAGUUUGUCUCUCUGAAUGAGCUGUACGAUCUAAAUACCCAAAAGUAUCUGGUGAUUGGACACUACGAAAGGAACUCUCAUGAGGAGUAUAAGGCUUUUCGCAGGGCUGCGAGUAAUAUGAAGGAUCACUGUCAGUUCCAUGUGAAGUUCACUGAGGCUAGUGGUCCGAAUUCGUUGACGUUCCAAGAGCACUUGAAUCACACAGAGUCGCUGAGCCUGUUCACCGGCAACAUGUCCAGCCAGGAAGAGCUGAUGAAGUGGUUUACUACGAAGUGUAUACCCAUUGUGCGUGAGCUGACAUUCAGCAAUGCCGAGGAACUCACGGAAGAGGGCAGACUCUUUGUUAUACUUUUCCAUAACCCUCAAGAUAAAAAAUCUCCAAAGGAUUUCAAGAAAGUAGUGCAUACCGAACUGAUGGAUGAAGUGGAUAAGGUGAUCUUUCUGACUGCCGAUGGAAUAUUAUUUGCGAGUCCUCUCCUCCAUAUGAACAAAACGGAGGCCGACCUACCCUUCAUAGCUAUAGACUCGUUCGCGCAUAUGUAUCCCUUUCCCGAAUUCGAAGAUCUAUACAAGCCGGGAAAAUUGAGAGAGUUCGUAAAACAGCUCCACACGGGUGACUUGCAUUGGAACUAUCAUUUCUCGGAGUUCAUGAACUCUAUUGAUGACAACGAAGAUGAUAUUGCGGUUCCCUCACUGCUGCCGCCGGCUUCUAAGUUCAUUGAGCUGAGACCCUCCAAACAUCGCUAUACAUUCGCCAGGGAUGAGCUCUGA